UUGUUUCCAUUCUGCAUCAAUACAGUGAUUAUUUGGAAAUGAAACUUCAUACGAAUCCAGGGAAUUUUAAUUCCUUGAAGUUAUUGGCAGCGGCUGAACUAUCCGGAACCAAAUUAGAGGUGGUGGAGACAAAACAUGACGAUAAAGUAGUGCCCUACUUGUCCAGAAACUCGCUGCCUGUUCUAGAAGUAUUCCCCAGCAAAUUCCUGUUUUCUGUUGGAGCAGCCACAAGAUACUUACUGAAACAACAGUCCCUAAGCCCAGAAGAUGAUAGCACAGUUGACAGAUGGCUCGAAUGGGACAGUAACCAGUUACAGCCAUUACUUGUACCUUACCUUGUGAGCACGAUUGGACAGAACAAAGCAGAUGCAUUCCUCUUAUCACAGAUACAAACACUACUCAAACUCCUCAACGCUGAGCUUAAAGGUCGCCAGACUCUCACCAAGGUUGGAAUAACAGCAGGGGACUUAAAUCUUUGGGGUUCUGUUUACCCAAUCUUUAAACCAGGAAAGGCCUGCAUUAAAGGUUGGGAGGGUCUGUACCCAAACAUCAAGGCAUGGUUCUCAGGGAUUGAGGAGGAGCCAGCAGUACAGAAAUCUAUAACUGUUGUUGUCAGGGGUAAAGACACCAUUGUGUUUAAGGAAUCUCUGCUGGCCCAGCCUGUCCCCGUCUCACUGCCCAGUCCUUCAACUGUCAAACCAGAAAAGUGUACAGCCAGCUCUAGUAAGAAACAACAAGGCAAAAACAAACCAGAGAAAAUGGAGGCUGAACCUGCUGAGAGUCAGAUACUGGCAGCCAGACCUGUCACUCCAGAAGAACUAGCUGCUGCGGUCAAAGCUUGGAAUUCUGGGAAAGCCUCCUGUCCAAAAGUUAGAGAAAGAGUGCACCCUAUCCUGCCUAAGGAAGGUGAGAGGAACAUCAUGAUCACAAGUGCUCUGCCUUACGUCAACAACGUACCUCAUCUAGGGAACAUCAUCGGCUGUGUCCUCAGUGCCGACGUUUACUCCAGGUACUGUCGACUACGGAACUACAACGUGUUUUAUAUCUGUGGUACUGAUGAAUAUGGCACUGCCACAGAAACCAAGGCUAUAGAGGAGGGUCUAACACCACAACAGAUCUGUGACAAAUAUAACAAAAUACAUGGCGAAAUCUACAAGUGGUUCAAUAUAGACUUUGAUUACUUCGGCCGAACAACAACCACCCACCAAACACAAAUUGCCCAGGAUAUAUUUUGGAAGCUGUACAACCAGGGCCAUAUCCUGAAGGAGUCCAUGGAACAACUACAGUGUGAGAAGUGUAACAGGUUUUUGGCAGACAGAUUUGUAGAGGGUACCUGCCCCCUGUGUAAUUUUGAUGAUGCCCGCGGUGAUCAAUGUGAUGCCUGUGGUAAACUUAUUAAUGCCAUCGAACUCAAAUCGCCGAAAUGUAAACUGUGCCGAUCCACACCAGUAAUCAGAUCCUCUGAUCACUUGUUCCUGGACCUUCCAAAGAUGGAGUCAGUACUACAGAAACAUCUGAAUGAUGCUUUUCACAAAGGAACCUGGACCAGUAAUGCCAAGAACAUUACCAAUAGCUGGAUCAGGGAUGGACUCAAACCACGCUGUAUCAGUCGUGAUCUGAAAUGGGGUACACCAGUGCCUCUAGAAGGGUAUGAGGACAAGGUGUUCUAUGUGUGGUUUGAUGCUCCUAUUGGCUACAUCUCCAUCACAGCUAACUACACAGACCAGUGGGAGAAAUGGUGGAAAAACCCAGACAUGGUGGAAAUGUACAACUUCCUCGGGAAAGACAACGUGCCGUUUCACUCCGUCAUCUUCCCUUGUACGUUACUGGGAGCAAAUGACAACUACACCAUAGUCAACCAUAUGGUGGCUACAGAGACACUGAUAAUGAUUGUAUACAGAUUUUACCUCCUGUAUGUACGACCAGAGACACAGGACAGCAGUUUCAGCUGGGAUGACUUCUUGUUGAAAAACAACAGCGAGCUUCUCAACAACCUGGGCAACUUCAUCAACAGGGCCCUGAUGUUCUUAAGUAAUAACUUUGAGGGCACCAUACAAGAAAUGGUUCUUGCAGAUGAAGACAAGCAGCUUCUGGCACAGGUCACACGAGAGCUUUGCACGUAUAUAGAAAACAUGGAGCAAGCAAAGAUACGGGACUCCAUCAGAAACAUUCUAAGUAUCUCUCGCCUCGGCAAUCAGUUCAUGCAGACCAAUAAACCAUGGGUCCUCGUCAAAGGCAGUGACGCUGACAAGAAACGUGCUGGAUCAGUGGUCAGUUUAGCAGGAAACAUCUCCUGCCUGCUUUCUGUGUUACUACAACCUUACAUGCCAGCAGUAAGCGAUACCAUUCAACAACAGCUCAAAUGCCCGAAGGAGGCCAAUGUUAUCCAUCCUGAGUUUGUCUGUCACCUGUUACCUGGUCACAAGAUAGGACAGCCGAGCCCAUUGUUUGAGAAAAUAGCCACUGCAAAGAUGGAUGCUUUGAAAGAAAAGUUUGCUGGAGCACCAGCCCCAGAAAAAAAGGAGCCAAAGUCAUCAAAAUCUACAGGUGGCACUGCUGUAGCUAAAGGACCAUGUGACCCUGCAGAGGUAGCACGACUCACAGAAGAAGUUGCAAAACAGGGCUCAGUGGUUAGGGAUAUAAAAGCCAAGAAGGCUGAUAAGAGCGAAAUUGAUGCACAAGUUGCCAAGUUACUGGAUCUGAAAAAGAGACUAGCCCUUGCUCAGGGCCAAGAUGCUGUUCCUGCUGCAGGAGGAAACAAAAAGAAAGAUAAAAAAGCAGCUAAACAGCCAACCAGUGGCCAGGGCAGUGCACCUCCUGCCAGUGCAACACCAAAAGCCUCAUCAAAUGGACCAGACAAAUCACCCAAGGUCAUACAACUGACUGAAGAGGUUGCUAAACAGGGAAAUAUGGUGAGAGAUUUGAAAAGCAAGAAAGCAGACAAGAGUCAGAUAGAUGGAGAAGUCGCUAAACUUCUUGAUCUAAAAAGACAGUUGGCACUGGCCCAAGGUCAAGACCCUGAUGCAGCUGUUGGGGGAGGUAAAAAGAAGAGCAAGAAGAAGUGAAGAAGAAGGAGGAAAUAAAAACAGCCAGACUGAAUUAAUCAGGAUCCAAUGUCUGAUAAUAUUAUUCGAACAUGAGGAAAAGACAGGUUUUUGAUGAGAGAAACUUUUGUAGACAUCUUAUUUACAAAUUUUUAGUUUGAAAAUAAGAUUGGUAAGCGAUAUAUUUAGUGAGAGUUGCAUCUCAACAGAAGGCAGACUAGAUCCAAUCAAAUGGGGUUGCCAUUUGAUAUGUAUGUGAGGAAUGAAUGUGUAAUGGAUUGAUAAACAUUAGAAAAUAUUUAUCUGAAACUUAAGGAUUCAUUAACCUGGUUACAAAUAGACAUACUAUUCUUACAUAUCUUGUUGUAUCCAUUAAGGUAAAUCCUCAAACAUUUAAAAAAUUCUUGAGAGCUAUAUUGUGUUGAAUUGUUUUAUAUCUGAUGUUAAAAUGUGUUGGUAGCUCCUCCAGGUUUUGUAACAGUUAUUUAUUUAUUGGUCUGGAUUGUCGUUAAUUUGACACGGAUUGAAAUAAAACCAACAAGUGUA